AUGGUUAGUUAUUUCUCUGAGACACGCUAUUAUGCAUUGUCAUCCCCUGGUCAGAACCACCCUAAAGAGGAUCCAUUGACGGUAUAUAAUACUAAAACAAGAUUACAACCACAUGUUGCCGAUAGAGAACAUGACUUAUCUCGAAUUCUGUUUUAUACACAUGCCCAGAAUGAAUUAGUAGAUGCUACAAAGGAAUUAACAAAUUUAUUGAAUCAAUUGGUUGUUUACCAGGAGGAACCAUCUACAAUUUUCACAACACAGAAUUACUUACCUGGAACUAUGGUACAGUUGAUGCGAAGUAGAGAGAAGGCUAAACGGACAUACAGAACUGCUUUGAGUUAUACCUUUGAAGAUGAAAUGGAAUGGAAUCAUUUGGAAAAAUUAUUUAAUGAUUUACAAGAGGAAUUAUUCAGAACUGAUGAAUUUUUAUCUUUACAUCCAGGUAGAGGUAUAUACCACUAA